CGGCGGCCAUGGCUGGCGGCGACUGAGGGCGGGUGCUGCUCAGCUGAGGCCCAGCACGGAGUCAGGUGGAUUCAGGCAAACCCCAGGAAUCAGGUAAUCUCGGCCAGGACUCGGGAGCAAUGUCGCAACAACUGCUCUACCGUGCUUUAGUGUCUGCAAAAUGGCUUUCAGAAGCCAUCAAGUCCCAGCAAGCUGGUCUGGCCUUGAGAAUCGUGGAUGCAUCCUGGUAUUUGCCGAAGAUGAAGCGUGACCCAAAGCGGGAAUUUGAGGAGCGCCAUAUCCCUGGUGCAGUUUUCUUCGACAUUGACCAGUGCAGUGAUCGUACUUCACCUUACGAUCACAUGCUGCCCAAGGCUGAUGACUUUGCUGAGUAUGUGGGGAAGCUCGGUGUAGGGAAUGAUUCCCAUGUUGUGGUGUAUGAUGGCAGCGACCAAGGUCUCUUCUCAGCACCCCGGGUGUGGUGGAUGUUCCGGGCCUUCGGACAUGAAGCCGUCUCCCUUCUGGAUGGUGGCCUGAAGAACUGGCAGCGGGAGGGGAAUGCACUGAGCUCUGGGAAAAGCCAGGUAGCUCCUUCCGAGUUCCAUGCCUCCUUGGACAAGUCGCUGGUGAAAACGUACGAGGACAUCUUAGAUAACAUGGAUUCCCACCGCUUCCAACUAGUGGAUGCGCGCGCUGCAGGACGGUUCCGGGGAGUAGAGCCAGAGCCCCGAGAUGGAAUUGAGCCUGGUCACAUCCCUGGGUCGAUGAACAUGCCCUUCACCGAUUUCCUCACAGAGUCAGGCUUAGAGAAGACCCCUGAGCAGAUCCGCAGUCUGUUCCAGGAGAAGAAGGUGGACCUCCUAAAGCCGGUGGUAGCCACGUGUGGCUCUGGGGUCACUGCCUGCCAUGUGGCUCUGGGGGCGUACCUCUGUGGCAAACCAGAUGUUGCUGUGUACGAUGGGGCCUGGGUGGAAUGGUACAUGCGGGCACAGCCUGAAAAUAUUAUUUCUGAGGGAAAGGGGAAGACAGUGUAAUAAGCUGCUUCGUCUCCCAGCUGUGCAGAUAAUUUGCCUUGAAACAGGAUUUGGAAAAGAUGGGUUUAGCAUUCCUGGUUAAGUGUCUUGAGGUGAAGGUGUUGGGUAACAAGUACGGGCAAAUGGUGCUUUGGCACUUUCUCCUUACCCUACUGCUGCUGCUUAGGAGCAUAAAGGUGACCUGGGCAGCCAGCUCUAGGUGACCCUGCUUGAGCAGGUGUGGUGAACCAGGUGUCCUCCCAAGGUCACUUCCAACCUCAGCCAUUCUGUGAUUCUGUGACCUUUUUACCAUAUCAGAUGGAAGGGAGAGAGUGCUGGUGGCAGCAUGGGGAAGUAAUUGAGUCAAGCCAAGCUCAUGACUCGGGACAUUCCACCAUGUUCACUCACAGGACAGUCAUACUUGUAAACUAUGCCUCAUGAUCCUGCUCUCUGCCUCUGUCCUAGAAGCCAUCCAUGCACUUUAUGGCCAUUUUGAGUGCAAAACUUCGGGGAAAGACAUAGCUGUUAAAGGAGGAAAUAUGGCUUUCAGGUUAGCACUUAGGUUAGAGACUUGGUUUGGAUUUCUUCUUGCACUUGGACUCUAACUGCAAUGUGUACUUAGCCAGUUUUACCCCUAUGGUCCAAAAUCCCUCUUGGGAAAAAGAAAAGAUUCUGGGAUUAAAAAAGGAUAAAUAAACAUGUGUUUCAAGGUC